UGCUGCUCGCUGAGCUCCAUCGUCCACUCGUCGUUCACUCGGGAGGAUUUCUUCAACAAAGCUUUACGAGCUUCUGGAACUAACGGUUUUUUUUUUCAUAUUUUCAUUUUUUCACCUUUUUUUCUUUGGAUUAUAUCUCACCCUCUACACGGCAACUUGUACCGCGGUCCGAUGCUGAACACCGCCGGGAUGCCACAGAUGGACCUGUUACUUUGACACAAUUCCCCCUGCUAUCUUUCUUUUAUUUAUUUUUGGGGGGGAUUUUAAUUUUUUUAUUUUCUAUGGCUAGGAUGUUCCCCAAAACCAGGACGCAUGUUGUACUGCUUCGGUUCCUGCUCACACAAGGGGUCCUGGUGGCUGCGUUGACCCAGACUGACGAGUGCGGCGCGGCCAUCGAGUUCCGCACCGCGGACUACCUGACCUCCCCGGGCUACCCCGGCGCCUAUCCGCCCUCGCAGCACUGCGUGUGGGUCAUCACGGCGCCCGAACCGGGCCAGAAGAUUCUCAUCAACUUCAACCCGCAUUUCGACCUGGAGGACCGAGACUGCAAGUACGACUAUGUUGAGGUCUACAACGGCGGGGACGAGUUCUCACCCAUGCUGGGGAAGUUUUGUGGCAAGAUCGCCCCGUCCCCCAUCAUCUCCAGCGGCGGUCAGCUCCUCAUCAAGUUCGUCUCCGACUACGAGACCCACGGGGCUGGCUUCUCCGUUCGCUAUGAGGUGUUCAAGACAGGUCCGGAAUGUUCCAGGAAUUUCACAGCCCCCACGGGUGCUAUCAAGACGCCGGGCUUCCCCGACAAGUACCCCAACAACCUGGACUGCACCUUCAUGAUCUUCGCCCCCAAGAUGUCCGAGAUCAUGGUUGAGUUCGACAGCUUCGACAUGGAGCCCGACACUACGCCGCCACCGGGGGCGCUCUGCAGAUACGACUGGCUGGAGAUCUGGGACGGCUUCCCUGCAGUGGGACCCCACAUAGGUCGUUAUUGUGGCCAGAUGUCACCGGGCCGCGUGAUCUCCUACACGGGCAUCCUGUCCAUGACCAUCACCACUGACAACGCCAUCACCAGGGAGGGCUUCUCUGCCAACUACACCAUCCGAGAGAGGAGCCUCCCCCCAGGGCACACGCAGAAAGAUUUUUCCUGCAUGGAGCCUCUGGGCAUGGAGUCCGGGGAGAUUUCCUCCGAGCAGAUCAGCGCGUCUUCCCAGUACAACUCCAACUGGUCGCCUGAACGCUCCCGCCUCAACUACCAGGAGAACGGAUGGACGCCCUCGGACGACACGGUCCGUGAGUGGAUCCAGGUGGAUUUAGGCUUCCUAAGGUUCAUCACAGCCAUCGGCACACAAGGGGCCAUCUCCAAAGAGACCAAGAAGCACUACUUUGUCCAAUCCUACAAAGUGGACCUGAGCUCCAAUGGAGAGGACUGGGUGACGGUGAAAGAGGGCCCCAAACAGAAGAUCUUUCCAGGGAACCACAACCCGACUGAUGAGGCUCGCGCCUUCCUGCCCAAACAGACUCUGGCUCGCUACGUCCGCAUUCGGCCCAUGACCUGGGAGCAAGGCAUCUGCAUGCGCUUUGAGAUCUACGGCUGCAGAACAUCAGACUAUCCAUGUUCCGGAAUGCUCGGGAUGGUGUCCGGUCAGAUCUCAGAUGCUCAGAUCAGCGCUUCGUCUUACUCCGACCGAGGCUGGGUGGCUGAAAAUGUUCGUCUACUGACUGGGAGGUCUGGCUGGACGGGCCAGCAGACCAAACAGCCUUUCAGGAACGAAUGGCUCCAGGUGGACCUGGGCCAGGAGAAAAUGGUGAGCGGCGUGGUGAUUCAGGGGGGGAAGCACCGCGACAAGAACGUCUUCAUGAAGAAGUUCAAGGUGGGCCACAGUUUGGACGGAGAAGAAUGGAUCAUUGUGAACGAGGACAACACCACCAAGCCCAAGAUAUUCUUUGGGAAUCAGAACCACGACACGCCGGAGCUGAAGUCCAUGGGUCCUCUUCGGACCCGUUUCAUCCGGAUCUACCCAGAGAAAGCCACCAACGAGGGCAUGGGCCUCCGCCUGGAGCUGCUCGGGUGUGAACUGGACGACAUCACAACCACGAGCCCGCCCACCACGCCGCCCAUUCCCACCGUUCCGUCGACUACGUUCGGGGGGACCACAACGGCGGCCAUCACCGUCCCCGUAACCACGCCGUCCGCCAAGACCGACGCACCUGAAGACUACGACAUGACGACAGCGGGAGGCGUUACAGCCGCUGACCCUGUCAUGGACUUCAUACCAGAAUACUUGUGGUUCGCCUGCAACUUUGACUUCGCCUCCUUCUGCGGUUGGACCACGGAAACGCGCUCCGGCGCAGAGUGGCUCAUCCAGACCAGCGGCGCUCCGACCGCACACAGACUGCCGACUCUCGACCACACGGGACGAGUGGGGAAUUACAUCUACAUGCAUCUGAGCGACUCCUGGGUGACGAGCGGCGGAGAAGAGGAGAGAGUGGCGAGGCUGUCCAGUCUGCCCGUCACGGCCCCGGAUGCUCACCUCUGCGUGUCGUUCUGGUACCACAUGGCGGGCCAGCACCCCGGGGUGCUGCACAUCAGACAGGACAAGGAGAAAGAGGAGCAGUGGGGAAGCAUCCUGUGGACCGUCAGUGGCCACCAGGGGGCGCGGUGGAGGGAAGGACGGGUUCUACUGCCCAGAUCCGGUGACCCUUACAGAGUGGUGGUGGAGGGCGUGGCCGACAGACGCAGCACAGGACAUAUCGCUGUGGACGACAUCCAGGUUCUGGACGGACUCAACAGUGACUUCUGUAAAGAUCCGGAAGUUUCUCCAUCUCCGCCCACUGAGAUCUUCAUCUUACCCAUGGACUCUCUGUCGGAGGAGACGGGCGAGGUGGACGACCCGAGCAACAUGCUGAAGACGCUGGACCCCAUCCUGAUCACCAUCAUCGCCAUGUCGGCGCUGGGCGUCUUCCUGGGCGCCAUCUGCGGCGUGGUGCUGUACUGCGCCUGCUCGCAGGGCGCCAUGACGGACAGGAACUUGUCCGCCCUGGAGAAUUACAACUUUGAGCUGGUGGACGGCGUCAAGCUGAAGAAGGACAAGAUGAACGGACAGAGCAACUACUCGGAGGCGUGAGGUGGGCGCCGAGCGGCAGGCGGGGGUGCUCUGCCGGGACCGUCGAUCAAGAGCUUGGAGCUCCGGGCGGCUCGAGGCCGCCGACGGGGACUUCAGGAUGGGGCUGACAGCGAGCGGACGCCGUCUUUUUUUCUACUCAGGAGUGUCAGUGGAAGGGACUGACCAGUAGGGGGCACUGUGUGUAAAGAAACUGUACAGCAAAAAAGAAGAUUUCUAUUUGUUUUGGGGUUUUUUUUUGUGUGAGUGUGUUGAUUUCCUGUGAUCACGUGCUGGUGUGGAGCGCAAGGUGGUAAACAAAAUCAUGUUGUUUUUGUUUUGUUUUUUACAGAAAUGACCUGAAGUGUGUUUGCAUUCAUGCACAUCUUCAUUUAACGUGUGUGUGCGUGUGUGUGUGUGUGUUUGUGUUCCAACAGUGCCUUUUUCGCCUCCAUCUUUUUUUGUCACCUUGUUUUUUUCACACAAUGCACACUUAGGAAAUGUUUUUGACAUGUUCUAGACCAGGGGUCUCAAACUCAAUUUACCUGGGGGGCACUGGAUGCAGAAUCUGGGGUGAGGCUGGGCCGCAAGAAAAGAUUUGUUCAAAAAAUAUAUAUUUUUUAAAUGUUUUUCUUUUUCUUUUCAACACAAAAUAAAAUCAAAAUAUAAAUAAACAAAAUGAGAAUUAAGUAAAUGAAUCAGUCAUAAGUAAUAACAAUCGGCGUUCCCUUUAAGGCAGUGGUCCCCAACCACCGGGCCGCAGAAUAAUUUUUUUUUAGUAUAUCAACAUAAGAAACACAAGAUACACUUACAAUUAGUGCACUAACCCAAAAAACCUCCCUUUUUCAUGACAAAAAAAAAAAAGAAUCCCCCCCAAAUUAUCAAGCGUUGACCGGCCCGCAGCUACAAAAAGGUUGGGGACCACUGGUUUGUAUCAGUGGUCCCCAACCCGGUACGCCGCAGAGGAAUUUCUUAUGACUUUUUUUUUUUUUUUUUUUUUUUUUUAAAUUAAAACAACAUAAAAAACACAAGUUACACUUACAAUUAGUGCACCAACCCCCAAAAAACUCCCUUUUUCAUGACAAAAAAAAAAAUGUGUCCUGGGCUGCGGGACUAAUUAUCAAGCGUUGACCGGUCCGCAGCCACAAAAAGGUUGGGCACCACUGGAUUAUAUCACUGCUCUAAGGUACACGCCUGUGCAAUUGCACACUGCUCACGUGUCCUCUGCGCACGGCAAAUCUAGGCCGCGCACAAAAUCGAAUAAAAAGAUAAGCGCAUAACAGUGUGCAUGUCUGCCGUCGCUCACAUGUGCGCCACUGUAUGCUCCAGGGGUUUUGGCGUUUGCUCACACACGAAAAACUGGAGGGAAAAUUGAUAACAAUUAUUUGAUUUAUCCAGUCAGCAACAAUGUGUGAGGCAACGUUAAUUAAACCUUUAAAAAAAAAAAAAAAAAUAACGGUUUGAAUUGGUGUAGGUUAUCGGGGACUGUUAUUACUGACGGACAGGUGUCGCGGUGUGACUGCAGCCAGGCACGUUAAAAAAAAAAAAACCUUGUCUCUAUGGCAACGUUUCUGUUGCUUUCACUCAUUUGCCACUUUUCCACUAAUGCAGGGGUAGGCAACCCAGAACGUUGAAAAAGCCAUUUUGGUCUAGUCUAGUGUGGCAAGCAGCUCUUUAACGCCGCCCUAGUGGCUCUCAGGAGCUUUUUCAAAAAUAUAUGAAAAAUGGAAAAAGAUGAGAGGAAAAAAACAGAUUUUUGGUUUCCAUAUGGUUUCUGUAGGAGGACAAACAUGACACAAACCUCCCUAAUUGCUAUAAAGCACACUGUUUGUAUUAAACAUGCUUCACUGAUUCGA